AUGACAGACCUCACCGAAGCAUGUUCAGAGGUAGAGUUACAAGAUCCCUCUGCGCGUAUAGCGAAGAUACGAAACGACGAAGAGCAAAAUUGGUGGGUGGCCAUCGCCAGCGGCGUCCUGGGGUUCCACUACCUCGAAAAGGGCUUCGUUCAACACAUCAACAUAACCAGCGAGUGGCUCCAAGACUUCAAGAAGGCUUGCAGUGUAUAUGAGGCGUUUACGAUGUCGCAGACCAAGCGACCUAGCCGUUCUCCUCCUAUAAUGAUUUCCUUACCAGCAUCAACAGCCAGACCGUACGCGACCAUGCUGAACAGGUCACUCGAUCAGAACUCUGCACCUCGUAGGUCCGCAGAGGUUGGUGAAGUCAUCAAGAGACGCAGAUCUGCAUCAUACACCGAAAGUCAGAGCAAGUCUGCAGACGAGGAUGGUUCGUGCUCCGAAAGACCAAGCAAAAAACCUCGGCAAGACGAGCAUUUCAUUGAGUAUCAAAAUCUUGUCGAGCGCAUCCGUAAAAUGCCAAUGCCGAUAGCGAUGCAUCCAAAGUUGAAAUCGAACGACUGGGACGGUGCUUGCGACACUCUAGAAAGGAGCAGAGAUACGGAAAAAUCACUGGAGACUAAGAACGUGAAUCUGAGCAACAAAAUAUUGUCGCUCCGAGGCAGGAAUAAAGCUUUGGAGCGGACGAUGGGUAGGUCAAACAAGGCACAGGAGCAAAAGUUCAAAGAACUCGAAGCGGAGAUACAAGAACUGUGCGGUUUCAAGCAAAGAGUCAAAGGCUUAUUCUAG